AUGACAUGAUGGCAGGGUUUGCAGUGGGAUAUACUGUGAUGCCGGGUCUGAGGAUUCAUGGAUAUGCCCUGGCUGUUUCGUUUUGUUUUAUCACCUUCAUAGCUGCUUCACAGAGAACAGAUCCUUCUGAAGUUAAUGCGCUGAUAGACAUCAAAAAAAGUUUGAUUGAUCCUAUGAACAACCUCAGGAAUUGGAAUAAAGGUGAUCCAUGUGCAAGAAACUGGACUGGGGUUUGGUGUUUUGAUGAUAAGGGAGCUGAUGGCUACUUCCAUGUUCGUGAGAUCUACUUAAUGACAAUGAAUCUCUCGGGAAUUCUAUCACCUCAGCUUGGUCAGCUAUCCCAGCUCGAGAUACUGGAUUUCAUGUGGAACAAUCUGACAGGCACAAUACCAAAGGAGAUUGGAAAUAUUAAAUCAUUGACACUCUUGCUUCUGAAUGGGAAUAAGUUAUCUGGUAGUUUACCAUACGAGCUUGGCAACCUUUCAAAUAUGAAUAGAUUCCAGGUAGAUGAAAACCAAUUGUCAGGUCCUAUACCAGAGUCAUUUUCCAACUUGAUCAAUGUUAGACACCUUCACAUGAACAACAACUCAUUUAGUGGUCAACUUCCAUCCACACUUUCAAAGCUAUCAAAUCUUAUGCACUUGCUUGUGGACAACAAUAACUUAUCUGGAUACCUUCCUCCAGAAUACUCCAGGUUACGUGGCUUGGCAAUACUCCAGCUUGAUAACAACAAUUUCAGUGGGAGUGAAAUUCCUUCUACCUAUGUAAACUUAACCAGGCUAGUGAAAUUAAGUCUACGAAACUGCAGUCUGCAAGGAGCUAUUCCUGAUUUCAGUUCAAUACCCCAGCUUACCUAUUUAGAUCUUAGCUGGAAUCAGUUCACCGGACCCAUACCAUCAAAGAAACUGGCAGACAAUAUGACAACUAU